AUGACUGAAGGUCACGCUGCUCCGGUCCCCGAGGGUCCUGCAAUGGCGGUUGGCGACAGUACCGGCACUGCUCCCGUCGCCGCCGCGGGAUCUCGUCACCCAGCUGCCACCCAGCCUGAUCAGGGUGUGACACCGAGUCUGAUGGAGCAGGCCUCCACGGGCAGGCUCACCCCUCGUCCAACCUUUUUGGAAAACUUGGCCAGCUCGCGCGAAGCCCAGUUCCACUUUCACCGGACUGACUCCAGUGAGUUGGAGCGGUACUUUCAAGGCCCCCGUGACAUGGACAGACACUCCAAAUGGCCAAUCUUUAUGCGUAUGCAUGGCAGUGUGACUCCCAAAAUGAUCGUGCCUCUCUUGGUCGUCGGCGGGUGGGCUACUGCGAUUACUUGCAUUUGCCAGUUCGGCCGUAAUCUUGCCAUCAACAACAUCCUGCUCACCGUACUUGGUUUCGUGGUGGGUUUGGCAUUGUCGUUCCGUAGUUCGACUGCUUAUGAAAGAUGGGCCGAUGGUCGUAAAUAUUGGGCUCAGCUCAUUCAAACCUCGCGAAACUUGGCCCGAACCAUCUGGGUCAAUGCAUCUGAACGUGAAGGUGAAGAUGGCAAGGUGGACAUUCUUCGCAAGGUGUCUGCGAUGAACCUCAUUCUUGCCUAUGCUGUCGCCCUCAAGCACAAGCUUCGAUUCGAGCCAGAUGUCGCCUACGGAGACCUUGCUGGAUUAGUUGGGCACUUGGAUACAUUUGCCCUCGAAGCGCAUGACCGCAACGCUAUGCAACCUCGACCCAAGUCCCUGUGGAAGUCUGCCGGUGAACACCUCGGCGUUUCUUUUGCCGAAUCCAACCCUCGUAAAUUGAUCAAGCGUUCCAAGAAGCCAUUGGGUCAUCUGCCACUUGAAAUCCUGAACCACUUGUCUGCCUACGUGGACUCCAUCGUGGCCAAUGGUACCCUUACCUCUGGGUUGCACCAAAGCCAAGUUAUCACCAUGAUGUCUACCCUAAACGAAGUCUUGACUGGAACAGAGCGUGUGCUGGACACUCCUCUGCCCGCCGCAUACAGCAUCGCCAUCGCCCAGAUCGCCUGGAUCUACGUGAUGGUCCUUCCCUUCCAGCUCUACAACUCCCUAGAAUGGGUGACUAUCCCCGCCUCAAUGGUUGCCGCAUACAUUAUCAUCGGACUCGCCACCAUCGGUAGCGAGAUUGAAAACCCCUUCGGACAAGAUGUCAACGACCUGCCUCUUGACACCUAUUGUCGGCAGAUCGCCGUCGAGCUCGACAUCAUCACCGCCACUCCACCUCCCAAUGUCAACGAGUUCAUGGACCGUCCCGAGAACCUUGUGCUCUUCCCACUUAGCCAGAACAGCUAUGGCGAGUGGAUGACUCGCAGCAAGGAAGACAUUCGUGCUGCGCUGCGCUCCAAAGUCACGGCUGGUACCGCCAUGAGCACCUCUGUUGAUACCUCUUCCGAUGGAUCGGAUUCUGCCACGGUGAUGAGCAUCACUGAGAGGACUAAACAGUCUGUUUAG